AUGGACAACGCCCACACGGCCUGGACGCGGUUUGUCGCCACUCGCUCGACGAUUCUCCAGAUUGCAUCUUUGACGCAGGUUGACCAGCUCGACGCGCUCUUUCACCCCAUCCACCAUCCAAAAUCGCUGUGGACACGGAUCGACAACGCCAACACCAUCUGGGCCAUCUUUGUGGACCACGAACAGGCUCAGUCUGCCCUCGACGCGCUGACGAUGCACGGCCAGCUCGGAGGAAUCUAUCCAGCACUUCAGAGUGAUCUCUUGCCCUAUGCGUCGCUUCAAAAGGUCGAUAUUCCUCAAUGGCGCGCUCAGCAACUCCAGUUUCUCUCAGAGUCUACCGUAGACAGUCCAGAGUUUACGUAUGAGCCACUCGACGAUGGCACGCCCGUCCCGCCACAGACAGUACCUGCACCUGCACCUCCUCAAGUCUGGACACCGCGAGCAGAUGCUGCCGUAUUUCACCCGACACUGGCCAGCGCGUUUACGGGUGGUGUCCACUCGACGGCGGCGAGCGACAAAGGCACCUUACGUGACCAUUCAUCGCUACAACACCCGUCUAAUAUUAAUAUACUCUCAAACAAACUUUGGGCGACAUCAGCACGAGGUCAAGCGUCGCGUGAUCCGUGCUCUGUGCGCUCUCCUCCCAUCCACGACAACGAGAUGAAAAGCAACAGGGCAAUCUCCAAUCUGAGCGAGAACGGGGUCACCAUCCCUCGUUGUUCCCCUUCUUUUACGUCUCUACCUACGACCGCCGUCCAUUCCACUGGGCCUUGCUUGGAUCAUUCGUCGACACAUGACGCGCAGCAUGACGAUCCUAACCACUCCACUCGUUUGGUCGACGAUCCUCUUAACAUAUUUACGUCGACGCCCAUCCAUACAAAUCACUACAUUGGCAUCGUAGACGACUCGAGUCCGACGCCCCCGUCCAUGUCCCUUCAUCCAACCACCGACAAGCUCGUCGUUCUGUCUGCAAAUGACCAGAUGCUGACGACACGAAUGUGUGCUCCUUCGCCCUUCCUCUUGGCUUCUCCCACCCCGUACGCGACCUCAGGUGUUGCUCAGACUAUCACGAGUCCUCCACUUUCAUCAACUGCCUCCGCCGGGCAGAUCGAUUAUCCUUCCCUCGCUUCCAUCAGCGCCACCACCACCACCAAAUCGACCGUCUCUAUCCAUUCUCCCAAACCUUUAGCACACGGUUUCAGCUUGUUGGCAAGCACGGCACCGGGUGACAAAAGUUUGGGUCCGUACAGGGAACAACGGCAGGCCGUCGCCGCGGGCUCCUAUUUUGAUCGCGAUCCCGAUCAUGGCGCAGGUACCAAAUUGGCACAACCACCAGUCGUAGAAUCGAGGCCACGGUCAGCCGAGAUUAUGGGCGCCAAUCAGCAGUUGAAUGCAACGGGUCUCCUUCUACCGUCGGACGAAAAUAUUCAACCGACGGUUCCAAAAUUCGAUCAAAAGGAUCAAAAGGGCUCGUCUAGUCCAUUGGCAUCAUCGCCCACUCUUGCUUUCUUCCCAAAAGACGGCCUCGCCUGGUCUUCGCCCCCGGUAGACCAUCAGCUCGAAGAGGGAGGCAAUCAACUUGGAUCCUUCUCAGGGGAAAUUGACCAACAGACUUCGAUCGGGGCCAAAUCUCAUCGUGCCUUGGACGAAUCACACGAGGCCAAAUCUCCCAAUCUCUGUGACCGUGGGAAGGAUCCUCGUGAGGAAAAGGAGGCCGCCUUUGGGGUCCCCGGUAUGCUCUCGAUGGGGAUGGGGAUUCCAAAGGGCAGGGAACUCGCUCCUAUCACCACCGACGCUGUGAACAAAUAUACAGCUGGACUCGAUACUCCAUAUCAAGCACCUCAAGGUUCAUCGCCGGCUCAGACGCGCCAUGCAGUCGACAGGCAGCACACUCUUUUUCCUCAAGCCGAAGAUCACCACGCUUCUCUGCCAAUCACUUAUGCCUUCGAUCAACCCCAGCAAUCAGUCCCACUCUCCCAGCCGCAACAAUCGCGAGUGCUCCAGCUCCAGGCUCCUCGGCACCUUCCCUUGAAAUCCUACCCCACGCAGAAGCAGACAGAGUGUUCCCCUGUGGACCCAAAGCGACCAACCUUUUCACCGUUUGAUAUGACACGCAUUGUCUCGUCACCUUCCAGCACGACAUUCUCUCCAUCUGUGUCAAAUCCAUCCUUCAGCGCUUACUUGUCCUCUGACGGAUUGUCGUCGACUUCGCUCGCCAGUUCUCAUUCGAUGGUCGGCAAGUCGGCUAACCGUCAAGUUCCUCCGCACCAACGAAUCGAAGCCAAGGAUUUGUUCGUUCAAGAUGGUUCAGACGACGUCGCGGGGCAUCGCUCAUUUGGUGCCGUCGGACAGGCUCCUCCUCGAUUCACCCAGCAACAACCCCACCAGCCGGCGUCGACUGCUCGUGGAAUUAGUAUGGACGAUGCGUCAUUGCAGGCACUUGGGGGGAUCGAAGAGCUCAAUGCGAUCCAGCAAGCCGUCAAAGCACACCAGUCCAAUGCCGCUGCUGCAGCCGUCGCUUCCCGCAAUGUGAGCUCGAAUAAUGACCAAAAGAGGAAUGUCUCUUCUUCGUCGUUUGGACAUGGCUCGACGCAGUUGUUGAUUCCUACGACGUUGGGAAACUCUCCUCCGACGCCCAUGGUCCACCCGCCUGUCGUGAUCAAUCACAAGUCAAAGCCUCCCACUACUCCGACUGCACAUGGGAUGCAUGGGUUUACCUCGCCCACGAGCCCCGCCUUUGUCGUUCGCUCACCACCCAUUGCCGGUCAGAACACGUACCUCGCCCAUCAGCAGUAUCAGCAGCACCAUCACCAGCAGCGUCAAUUCGUGAUGCCAACGAGCUACGCCGCCUUGCCUGGUACGACAUCUUCGACGAGCUAUGCCGGCAUCUCGCCUCCUAGGACAUCUACACCCGCUUACACGUCUUCGAUCCUGCAUGCACCCGCAACCAAGCCACCGUCUCUGCUCACGCCGUCUGGGAGGACGUUUGCGCUUGGCGGUCGUGUUCGUAACGUAUCGGACGAGUUGAAUCCCAUCCUCAUGUUUUGGCCGGAUAAUGAGCCGCUACCGCUUGCGUGCCAGAUUCGACCACCUGCCGCUGUCCUUAUGGCGCUCGGAGGGGUUCAUGGACCGCCACCUCCGAUUCUCAAUACAGGCAACAAGGGACCGAUUGAUGCCCAGCCUGGUGAUUGGGUCUGUGGAAAGUGUGAUUACCUUAACUGGCGUAGGAGGCGUGUCUGUGCGAACUGUUUCCCGCAUGCCGAGGGGAAUACAGAGGGCACGAAGCAUUCGACGGCAGAAGUCCAGGAGCGUGUUGCGCUCCUUGCGAGUGUCCUCCUUCAUCAGCAGCAGCAAGUCCAGGUUCAGCAGCAGCAGAUUCAGGCGCAGCAGCAAGCUGCGGCUGCCUUGCUCGCCUCGAACGCCAGUGGGCUCAACGGUAUUCAAAUGAAUUCGAUGAACACACCUGGAACGUCGCAUGCUACUGCGUUGACGUCUCAGCGAGAUGCGUUGAACGGGUAUGGGCAAACCGUGCCUGCGACGCGCUCGUCGACGGCACACACGAUGAAUCUUCCGCCUCGUCUUGGAGGCUCGAUGGAUCAGACCCUGCCUCGUUUCUCCAACGCAAGCACGACCUCUCUGCCCAGCAUGACGUCGCUCGUCUCGACGUCCUCGUUCGUCCCCAACGGCAACACCCAGACUCGUGCACAAUCUAAUGGACACAACUCCCAAAACUUGCGUGUCGCUACAGACUUUGAGGUCGCACCCGGCAGUGGGAGACCUUCGCCACCAUCGGCUCGCUCCAGUAUCUCUGCGGGUUCCUCUGCCUCGCUGUCGCUCCCGGAUGAUCAUGCGACGCCUUCACCACUCCCUCUGCUCCCAUCGUUCCUCCAAGAGGUAGUUGGUGCUUCGGAUGCCGAAUCUCAGUCGCAAUCGUCCUCUUCACUUCGUGGAUCGCCAUCGCCACCUUCGUCUACGUCCGCUUCCGUCUCGUCGUCGUCUUUCCAUAGGAUGUCAUUUUCCCGUUCGAGUGACGUCGUGUACCAGCCUUCUCCCAAGGCAGCUGCGGUGGCUGGCCAUGGAGAGACAGCGGGACUCAGGACCGUAGGCAGUAUGGAUCUUGUGAGUGGUGCCGGUGGAUGGAAGGAGGCGUCACAUGCAUCGACUGGAAGGAUUGGACACGACUAUCCUAGCGAAUUGGGUCGUCGGCCUUCUCAGUCGUCCAUCUGGUCUCUCGGGUAUCCACCCGAGAAGCAGUAG